AUGGAGCAAGUUGAAGAAAUAGAUGUUUUUGAGAUGGGAGAAGAGAUUAAAGCAGGUAUAUGGGACUGUGAUAGUUUUAAAUGUCCCGGUUCAGAUGGUGUUAAUUUGGGUUUUUUCAAAGACUUUUCGGAUGUUUUGAAGAUUGAUUUGUUGAAUUUUUUUGCGGAGUUUCAUCGUAAUGGUAAACUAACCAAAGGUCUUAACUCAACUUUUAUAGCUUUAAUUCCUAAGGUUGAGUCUCCUCAGCGGGUGGCUGAUUUUCGUCCAAUCUCUUUGGUGAGUAGUGUGUAUAAAAUUUUAUCUAAAGUUUUGGCUAAUCGGCUUAGAAAGGUGGUUGGUAAGGUGGUGUCUGAUUCACAGUCCGCUUUUAUUAAGGGUAGACAAAUUCUCGAUGGUAUCUUGAUUGCAAAUGAAUUAGUUGAUGAUGCAAAGGUCAAGAAGAAAGAUUUACUUUUGUUUAAGGUGGAUUUUGAGAAAGCUUAUGAUUUUGUUGAUUGGGGGUACAUUGAUGAAGUUAUGUGUAAGAUGAAUUUUCUGAGUGUUUGGCGGUCCUGGAUUAUGGAGUGUAUUACAACGGCAACGACAUCAGUGUUAGUUAAUGGGUGUCCGACAGAUGAGUUUACUCUUGAAAGGGGUCUCCGGCAAGGGGAUCCGCUUUCACCGUUUUUGUUCCUUUUAGCAGCUGAAGGUCUCAAUGUGAUGAUGACAGCAUUGGUUACGAAUGGGAUGUUUACUCCAUAUGGUGUAGGGGCGCAGGACAAUGUGUUGGUAUCUCACUUGCAAUUUGCAGAUGACACAUUACUAGUAGGAGUCAAGUCAUGGGCUAAUGUUCGGGCUAUGAGGGCUGUUCUGUUAUUAUUUGAAUCUAUCUCCGGGUUGAAAGUUAACUUCCAUAAGAGUAUGCUUUUUGGUGUGAAUGUUAAUAAUUCUUGGCUUCAUGAGGCAGCAGUGGUUAUGAAUUGUAAACAUGGUCGGAUUCCGUUUCUUUAUUUAGGUUUGCCUAUUGGUGGUGACCCACGGAAACUUCAAUUUUGGCAGCCCCUUGUUGAGAGGAUUCGUAGUCGUCUAUCUGGGGUGUUGGAGGAUAGGGAGAGUUUGUGGAAUGUAGUGCUUCGUGCGAAGUAUGGAGAGGUUGGAGGGAGGGUGCGGUUUUGUGAGGGGGUGGGAUCGGUUUGGUGGCGUCACAUAAACCAAAUUCGAUCCGGUGUGGGGUUGGUGGAUCCUAGGUGGUUGUUGGACAAUAUUGUGAGGAAGGUGGGUGAUGGGUGUCAUACUUUGUUUUGGGAGGACCCUUGGUUGGAGGACGUUCCGUUAGCUGUGUCUUUUUCUAGGCUUUAUGAGUUGUCUAACUUCAAACUAGCUACGGUGAGGGAGAUGUCUUUGUUAGGUUGGGGACUUGAUGGGGGUGCUUGGCGGUGGAGGCGGAGAUUGUUUGCGUGGGAGGAAGGGUUGUUGGGAGAGUGUGUGGGGCGGUUGGUUAACUCUGUUUUGCAGGUUGAUGUCUCAGAUAGGUGGGAGUGGAAACUUCUCCCGACAAAAUCAUAUUCAGUUCAAUCGGCUUAUUCGUACUUAACAGCGGUGGAUACUAACAUUUCUGAAGAUUUCGAUCAAUUCCUUUGGUUGAAAGCGGUUCCGUUGAAGGUUAACAUCUUUGUUUGGCGUCUCUUUAUGAAUAGACUUGCUACAAAAGAUAAUUUGUGUAAAAGAAAUGUCAUUGCUUCUUCUCUUUUGGCUUGCGUGACUUCGUGUGGUAAGGAAGAGGAAAGGGAUCAUCUGUUUUUUCUUUGUGAUCAUUAUGGUCGUCUUUGGCUUUUGAUUUCACAGUGGCUUGGAUUUGUUACCACUUUGAAUGGUAAUUUACAUUCACAUGCUUCCCAAUUUUGCGCUCUUGGAGGUUUUUCGAAAAAAUCUGUGACAGGUUUUACUAUUAUUUGGAUUUCGGUUUUAUUUGUCAUAUGGAAGGAUAGAAACAGAAGAAUUUUUCAGCAACAAUUUGAUCAGCUUGAAGUUCUUCUUGAAAGGGUUAAACUCCAGACGUUUUGGUGGUUGAAAGCGAAUUACAUCUUGUUCGAUUUUGACUAUCCUUAUUGGAGGAAAAAUCCCUUUCUUUGUUUACAGACUGCUUUGUAA